CUCCCAAAGUGCUGGGAUUACAGGCUUGAGCCACCGCGCCCGGCCCCAGCCAAAGAUUUUUAUGGUAAAAUUUUGUGAUGAGAGAACUGUCAUCCCGGAAUAUUUUGAGAUCCGAUGCUUAGGCCUCUCUGCAGCUCGGAGAAUACGUACUUCUGUCCCAGAACACCCAAACGUCGACCAGUGUUAGUUCCCCACUAGGAACAAAAUGUAACGGGACGUUGUCGUACGCUUGACCUCGUCACCCUGAGCGUGUAAGUUGGUAUCCAGUUCUUACUCAUUCCCUUUUUUGUCUGCACGUGCUUGAUGGCAGAUCAAUGACAAUAGCCAUUGGAAGGUUAGGAAAAGCGUAUGUAACGUGAAGAAAUAGAGGACCCUUCAGCCAUCGCCUGACUUUCUGUUGAAUUGGGAAAUAGCCUCCUCCCGUCCACGUGGGAUGGCCUUCCCGAUGUGACCCUCCAAGACCGUCCCUGGGGGAUAACACCCCACAAAUGCACCAGCCCGUGUGCUGGGGACGGGACAUCGUCACGCCAGGCCUGACUGGGAAGGAGGAGGAUGAGGCAGGGCUGGGGGCUUUGAGGUCGAGGCGUGGCUAUGGAUUCCAGAAAGCCCGUUGGCUGGUGUGCAUGCCUGCCCAGUGGCAUCCACGUAUCCUAACACCUGGGCUCCGUGCAUCUGCGCCCGCUGGCCAUAUCAAAGGACGCCCUAAAUCUGGCACAGAUGCAGGAGCAGAAGCUGCACGUGGAGCCACAGUCCAAGCUCAAACUUGUGAAUGAGGAGAACUUACAGGAGCAGGAGUCCGUGCAGAAUCUCCGACAGACCUUCUUGGCGUCCAUCAGGACGGCUGACACCGUGGUUGGGGAAAGAUUCCGUGCCUUUGUGACAGACCAGGACACAGUGACAGCCACGAAAGCCCCUUGGCUGAUGUGCACGCCUGCCCAGUGGCAUCCGGGUAUCCUAACUCCUGCUCUCCGUGCCCCUGUAUCCACCGGUUAUGCCAAGGACGCCCUGAAUCUGGCACAGAUGCAGGAGCUGACGCUGCAGCUGUAGCAACAGUCCAAGCUCAAAGUGAGUGGGGCAGGCGUGGACGGGGAGGCCGGGGUGCA